AUGGGGAUACAUAUACAGAGGGCGCUCGUCUCCGGCCAGCCAGCGCUGCUAUGCCCCUCUGGAUGGCCAUCGUCUCUGAGCAGCAGCAGCAGCAGCAGGACUGCUUCUGCUUCUUCCUCCCCAUGGGCAGGGGCAGGGGCAGGGGCAGGGGCAGGGGUAGGAACCACCAAGCCCAACGCCAUCAUCAUCCCCGUCCUCGCCAAGGAUUUCACAAGGCGGCGGCGCACCGGCACAUCAAUUUCCCCUCUCCACGCGCUGCCUCUUUCCAAGGAGGAGGAGGAGGAGGAGGAGGAGGACAAUGCUCUCUUGUUCAGCAGCAGCGGCACUGUCGGCAUCGACCUCAUUCUUCUAGCCCUGCCUGCAGUCUUAGGCCAGGCCAUCGACCCCAUGGCGCAACUCAUGGAGACCGCCUACAUCGGCAAAUUAGGUGCUCUGGAGCUAGCAUCGGCUGGCAUUGGUGUCGCUAUUUUUAACAUCCUGUCCAAGAUUUUCAACAUCCCCUUGUUGAGCAUAGCAACCUCAUUUGUGGCAGAGGACAUUUCCAAGAACGCUACCAAGCAUUCUACUUCAGGCAAACUGCAGCUGCCAUCCGUGUCGUCGGCUUUGGUUUUAGCUGCUGCGAUUGGUACAAUCGAAGCAUUGGCAUUGUUCCUAGGAUCAGGACUGUUUCUUAAACUAAUGGGCGUGUCACCUGCCUCUCCGAUGUAUGCUUCUGCGCGGCUCUUUCUUUCGCUGAGAGCCUUAGGAGCACCUGCAAAUGUGAUUAUGUUAGCAGUGCAGGGUAUCUUUCGUGGAUUCAAGGAUACAAAGACUCCCGUACUUUUUAUAGGUUUGGGCAAUCUUUCAGCCGUGGCCCUUCUUCCGCUACUUAUAUAUGGUUUUAAGCUUGGUAUAACAGGAGCCGCAAUUUCGACAGUCGCAUCCCAGUACAUUAUUGCCAUUUUGCUUAUGUGGUCUCUAAGUAAAAGAGCUGUUCUGCUUCCUCCAAAGAUGGACCAGUUAGAGUUCGGUGGAUAUUUAAAAUCUGGUGGCAUGCUAUUGGGACGAACCCUCUCAAUUCUGUUAACUAUGACCAUCGGUACAUCGAUGGCUGCUCGACAAGGCCCAACAGCUAUGGCUGCUCAUCAGAUUUGUUUGCAAGUAUGGCUUGCUGUAUCUCUGCUUGCAGACGCCUUAGCAGUUUCUGCCCAGGCUCUGAUAGCAAGCUCUUAUGCAAUAUUGGACUACAAAAGGGUCCAGAAGGUUGCGAUGUAUUCUCUGCAGAUAGGACUAGCUAGCGGGUUAGCUUUGGCAGUUGGCCUGUAUAUCUCAUUUGGUAGUAUAGCAAAGCUAUUUACCAAUGACCCUCAGGUCCUAGCGGUUGUGAGCUCCUGUGCAUUGUUUGUCUGUGCCAGUCAACCAGUUAAUGCCUUGGCAUUCAUCUUUGAUGGCCUCCAUUAUGGCGUCUCAGAUUUUGACUAUGUCGCUCAAGCUACGAUUGUGGUUGGGGUGAUAUCAUCGUUGGUCUUGUUAUAUGCUCCACGUGUCUUUGGCCUGGCCGGAGUCUGGGCUGGUUUGACAACACUCAUGGGAUUGCGCAUGGCUGCAGGCAUCCUGAGCAGUUGCAGGCGCAGCCACUUGCAUCAUAAGAAUUCAUGUCGAGCCAGCGCAGGGAGAGCUGCAUGGGCAGAUGCAGUUGAGGAAUGA